UCCAUGAAGCUUAGCACCACAAGCAGGUGGGGAGGCGACAUGGUGAAAGGAAAGGGAUGGGUGUUGAGUGGGAAGGAAAGGUUGGCUCUCGAAAGACGACCCCCCCUCCGUUCGAGUAGGGGCGGGUCCUUCUUCUCCCUUCCCCGUUAUUGAUAUGGGGCUUCGUUGGGUAUCCUGGAGGAGUCGGGUGGAGCUGGCAUCGCUGAUUGGCUUCCCGGCUGUCAGCUGGCUGUGCUUUUUUUUUUUUCCCCUUCUUCUUCUUCUUCCUUUUUUUUUUUUUUUUAAAGAGGGGCGAGGUUCACUAACCGGUUGCUCUUGACGUUUCCAUUUCGCUCUCUCCAAGCCUGUCGGCGACCCCCACGAGAGAAAAGCCCCGGGAAGCGGAGGAGAGAAGAGCAUCUACCGAUCCUCCGAGCCGGGAAAGAGGGAGAAGGAGGAAGAAGAGGAGGAGGAGGAGGAGGAGGAGGAGAGAGGCCCACGCAAGCUAAGUAGCUCCCAGCCCCUUCUGGAUCUCCCUUCGCCAGGCUCUGCGGCUCGCCCCCAGCUCCGGGCUGCCUUCUGCGCGCCCGCGCCAUGCUGGGGUGCAGGAAAGGAGGCUCCCGGGGGGCGAGCUGAUGCGGAUCGCCUCGGCUUCCAGCCGGAGCUGGGAGACCCCGGCCUCGCCUCCGCCUGGGGCGCGCGGCGGCCUCGCCGAGCCUCGCCCCUGAGCGCGGCGGCGGCGACGGCGGCGGCGCCUUGCAUCCUCCUUGCUUCCAGAGCCGAGCCGCAGCCCGCCCGCCCGCCCGCCUUCGCCAGCAGCAGCAGCAGUAGCAGCAGAGCCCCAGUACCGCCGCCGCCUCCAGCCCCACCAGAAGCCCAGGCUUCCUCCCUCCCUCCUGGCGCUGGGAUGCGUCUUCCCCUUUGCAGCUCCGAGGGCCAGCACCGCGCGCUUGGAGAAGGGGCACCAGCAUGGCACGCUUCGGAGAGGACCUGCCCAGCCGCUAUGGAGGUGGCGGCGCGGGGGCCGCCCCUGGGCCCGGCGGGGCCCGCGGGGGCAGCCGCCAGGGGGGCCCCCCCGGCCAGCCGGGCCCGCGGCCCCAGGUAUACAAGCAGACCAAGGCGCAGCGCGCCCGGACAAUGGCUCUUUACAACCCCAUUCCGGUCAAGCAGGACUGCUUUACAGUCAACCGGUCGCUCUUCAUCUUUAGCGAGGACAACGCGAUCCGCAAAUACGCCAAGCGCAUCACGGAGUGGCCUCCCUUUGAAUAUAUGAUCCUGGCUACCAUUAUAGCUAAUUGCAUUGUUCUGGCUUUGGAGCAACAUCUCCCUGAUGGAGAUAAGACACCUAUGUCAGAGAGGCUGGACGACACCGAACCGUAUUUCAUUGGAAUAUUUUGCUUCGAAGCGGGCAUAAAGAUUAUCGCUCUGGGUUUUGUUUUUCACAAAGGAUCUUAUCUCCGCAAUGGCUGGAAUGUGAUGGAUUUUGUGGUGGUGCUUACAGGGAUUCUGGCUACAGCUGGGACCCAGUUUGACCUUCGAACGCUGAGAGCCGUCCGUGUGCUGAGACCCCUGAAACUUGUCUCAGGAAUUCCAAGUUUACAAGUUGUCCUCAAAUCCAUCAUGAAGGCAAUGGUACCCCUUCUCCAGAUCGGCCUUCUCCUCUUCUUUGCCAUCGUGAUGUUUGCCAUUAUCGGUCUAGAAUUCUACAUGGGCAAAUUCCACAAAGCUUGCUUUUCAAACGAAACAGGUGAGAGACUGGGAGACUUCCCGUGCGGUGAAGACUGGCCCGCUAGGCGCUGUGAAGAAGGCACGUGCAAAAAAUACUGGGAGGGCCCCAACUUUGGCAUCACCAACUUCGACAAUAUCUUGUUUGCCGUGCUCACCGUCUUCCAAUGCAUCACCAUGGAAGGAUGGACCGAUAUCCUCUACAAUACUAACGACGCUGCAGGGAACAUGUGGAAUUGGCUUUACUUCAUCCCCCUCAUCAUCAUCGGCUCCUUCUUCAUGCUCAACCUGGUCCUUGGUGUCUUAUCAGGUGAGUUUGCCAAAGAACGAGAAAGAGUGGAAAACCGGCGAGCUUUCCUGAAACUACGAAGACAGCAGCAGAUUGAAAGAGAGCUUAAUGGAUACUUGGAGUGGAUCUUUAAAGCAGAGGAGGUGAUGUUAGCAGAAGAAGACAAGAAUGCUGAAGAGAAAUCUCCCUUGGAUGUGCUGAAAAGAGCAACGAUAAAGAAAAGCAAAAAUGAUCUAAUCCAUGCUGAAGAGGGAGAAGAUCACUUCACAGAUGUUUGCUCUGUGGGGUCUCCGUUUGCCCGGGCCAGCCUAAAGAGCGGGAAGACUGAAAGCUCCUCCUACUUCCGUCGGAAAGAGAAGAUGUUCCGCUUUUUCAUUCGGCGCAUGGUGAAGGCCCAGAGCUUCUACUGGAUUGUCCUCUGUGUGGUGGCCCUCAACACUAUGUGUGUGGCCAUUGUGCAUUAUGAUCAACCAGAAGGUCUCACUACCACGCUUUAUUUUGCUGAAUUUGUCUUCCUGGGUUUGUUCCUCACCGAGAUGACUUUGAAGAUGUACGGUCUGGGGCCAAGGAACUACUUCCAUUCCUCAUUCAAUUGCUUCGAUUUUGGGGUGAUAGUCGGAAGCAUCUUUGAAGUCAUCUGGGCUGUGGUGAAACCUGGGACUUCUUUUGGCAUCAGCGUGCUGAGAGCCCUCCGACUGUUGAGGAUCUUCAAAGUCACCAAAUACUGGAACUCGUUGAGGAACUUGGUGGUCUCCUUGCUGAAUUCGAUGAAAUCCAUCAUUAGCCUGCUGUUUCUCCUCUUCCUGUUCAUCGUGGUGUUUGCCUUGCUGGGGAUGCAGCUUUUUGGCGGGCAGUUUCACUUCAAUGACGAAACACCAACGACCAACUUUGAUACCUUUCCCACUGCCAUCCUCACUGUGUUCCAGAUUCUGACUGGGGAAGACUGGAACGCCGUGAUGUACCAGGGCAUCGAAUCCCAAGGGGGUGUCCAUUCUGGAAUGUUCUCCUCCAUCUACUUCAUUGUCCUCACACUCUUUGGUAACUAUACGCUCCUGAAUGUCUUCCUGGCCAUUGCGGUAGACAAUCUUGCCAACGCACAAGAGUUGACCAAGGAUGAAGAAGAAAUGGAAGAAGCUACCAACCAGAAGCUUGCCUUGCAGAAGGCGAAAGAGGUUGCAGAUGUUAGCCCCCUGUCUGCAGCUAACAUUUCUAUCACAGCUUUUGUAAAGCAAACUCGAAGUUCCAUAUCGCGCAGCUCGUCGCUCUCCAGCGUAAAUUCACCCAAACAGCAGAAUUCCUGCAAAUCCAAAUCCGUGUGGGAGCAGAGGACCAGCCAGCUCCGCGUGUACAACUUCCGCACCAGCUCUGAAGCCCUGUACAAUGAGCUGGACCCAGAGGACAGGGUCCGCUAUGCGACCAACCUCCACAUCCGUCCUGACAUGAAGACUCACUUGGACCGGCCUCUGGUGGUUGAGCCCAGGAGCGAAGGCCACAGCAGCAACCUCAAUGCCGUCAGCCCUGCAGAGGGGCAGGAGGCCCCUGACCAGGUGAAGGCCCCACCGCCUGAGAACGACGAGGUUGUGAGGAAACACCACCGGCAUCGCGAGAAGGAGAAGACGGGAGACACGGAAAAAGGCAGUGCCGUCAAGGAAGAGAAUGGUGAAUUGGGUGGUGGGAACAAUAAGGAGGAACGCCACCGGCCCUACCGGAGCCGCAGCAAAGAGGUGGGCGAGGGGGGUGGGAAGGAAGGGAAGAGCGAACGCAACCGGAGCCAGGAGAGAGGCCGGCAUCACCAUCGCCGGGGGUCCGUGGAGGAAGGUGCUGAGAGGGAGCAUCGACGCCACCGAGGUCAUCGGCAUCCCGUUGAGCGACAGGUCAAAGAAGGCAACGGGACCGCCAACGGAACCAAGACCGAACGACGUUCCCGCCACCGAGGAGGGUCCAGGCCGGGCAACCGAGAAGGGGAGGCUGGCUCCAAAGGGGAGGGGGGCGAAGAGCCCCACCGACGGCAGAAGAUACGGCACAAGGCCCUCUCCACUUAUGAGUCAGUGGACAAGGAGAACGGAGAGAAAGAAGGAGAGCUGGGGAGAAAGGAUCUAAAGAAUGUGCAGCCAAGGGAAAGCCAGUGUGACACAGAGGCGGGCAUAAGCAUGACUGUGGCCCCUCUUCACACCUUGCCCAGCACCUGUUUGCAGAGGGUCCCUGAGCAGCCAGAGGAUGCUGACAAUCAGAAGAAUGUCACCCGCAUGGGUCAACCAUCUUUGGACAAGCCUGCCCCUGUCAACAUUCCUGUCACCGUCACCGCUCCUCCCGGGGACGCAUCCGUCAUACCAAUGAACAACGUUGAAUUUGAAGCCAAAAUGGAAGAGAAGAAGGACAUUGAUGCUGAGGAUGACGUGGCCAACAGCAGACCAAAACCAAUCCUUCCCUACAGCUCCAUGUUCGUCUUAAGCCCAACCAACCCUCUCCGGCGCCUCUGUCACUACAUUGUCAACAUGCGUUAUUUUGAGAUGGUCAUCCUCUUUGUUAUCGCACUCAGCAGCAUUGCCCUGGCUGCCGAAGAUCCUGUUCAAGCGGAGUCACCCAGAAAUGAGGCUCUCAAGUACCUGGAUUAUAUAUUUACAGGUGUCUUUACUUUUGAGAUGGUGAUAAAGAUGAUUGACUUGGGACUUUUGCUGCAUCGUGGUGCCUAUUUCCGGGAUCUUUGGAACAUCCUCGACUUCAUUGUGGUCAGUGGAGCUCUUGUGGCAUUUGCCUUUUCGAGUUUCAUAGGAGGGAACAAAGGAAAGGAUAUUAACACCAUUAAGUCCCUCCGGGUGCUACGGGUCCUUCGGCCGCUGAAAACCAUCAAACGUCUCCCCAAAUUGAAGGCGGUCUUCGACUGCGUGGUGAACUCUCUGAAGAACGUUCUCAACAUCCUCAUUGUCUACAUGCUCUUCAUGUUCAUCUUCGCUGUCAUCGCGGUGCAGCUUUUCAAAGGCCGCUUCUUCUACUGCACCGAUGAAUCGAAGGACUUGGAGAAAGACUGCAGAGGCCAGUAUCUGGCUUAUGAGAAAGAUGAAGUGGAGGCUCAGCCCAGACAGUGGAAGAAAUACGAUUUCCAUUAUGACAAUGUCCUCUGGGCUCUGUUGACCUUGUUCACCGUCUCCACUGGGGAAGGAUGGCCAACUGUUUUGAAGCACUCUGUUGAUGCAACGUAUGAAAACCAAGGCCCAAGUCCUGGCUACCGGAUGGAGAUGUCUAUCUUUUACGUCGUCUAUUUUGUCGUCUUCCCCUUUUUCUUUGUGAAUAUCUUUGUAGCUUUGAUCAUCAUCACCUUCCAAGAACAGGGCGACAAAGUGAUGUCUGAAUGCAGCCUGGAGAAAAAUGAGAGAGCCUGCAUAGACUUUGCCAUCAGUGCCAAACCUUUGACCCGCUAUAUGCCCCAAAACAAACAAUCAUUCCAGUACAGAAUGUGGAAAUUUGUGGUCUCUCUUCCUUUCGAGUACUUUAUCAUGGUCCUGAUUGCGUUGAACACCAUUGUGCUUAUGAUGAAGUUCUAUGGUGCCCCUGAACCCUACGAAGAUAUGCUGAAAUGCCUCAAUAUUGUCUUCACCUCCAUGUUUUCACUGGAAUGUGUCUUGAAGAUCAUCGCCUUUGGUGCAUUGAAUUAUUUUCGUGAUGCCUGGAACAUUUUUGAUUUUGUCACAGUCUUGGGAAGUAUAACUGAUAUUUUAGUCACAGAGAUUGCGGACACGGAUAAUUUCAUCAACCUGAGCUUCCUCCGCCUCUUCCGGGCUGCGCGGCUUAUCAAACUUCUCCGUCAGGGCUACACCAUUCGGAUUCUGCUCUGGACUUUUGUCCAGUCUUUUAAGGCCUGGCCCUAUGUGUGCCUCCUCAUUGCCAUGCUGUUUUUCAUCUAUGCCAUAAUUGGCAUGCAGGUCUUUGGAAACAUUGCUCUGGAUGAUGACAGCGCCAUUAAUCGUCACAAUAACUUCCAAACUUUUCUGCAGGCACUAAUGUUGCUUUUUCGGAGUGCUACUGGAGAAGCCUGGCAUGAAAUCAUGCUUGCGUGCCUCAGCAACCAGCCCUGUGACGAGCACUCAAACCUCAGCAGAAACGAAUGUGGCAGUGACUUCGCUUACUUCUACUUUGUCUCCUUCAUCUUCCUCUGCUCCUUUCUGAUGUUGAACCUAUUUGUGGCUGUAAUCAUGGACAACUUUGAGUACUUGACACGAGAUUCUUCCAUCCUAGGACCUCAUCAUCUGGAUGAAUUCAUUCGAGUUUGGGCAGAAUAUGACCCAGCUGCUUGUGGGCGGAUCAGUUACACCGACAUGUACGAGAUGCUGAGGCACAUGUCGCCACCACUUGGCCUCGGGAAGAAAUGCCCUGCUCGUAUUGCCUAUAAGCGUUUGGUCAGGAUGAAUAUGCCCAUCUCGAACGAUGAUUUAAGUGUCCACUUCACAUCAACGCUAAUGGCCUUGAUCCGGACAGCCCUGGACAUCAAACUUGCAUCAGGUGUGCUGCAACAUCAGUGUGAUGCUGAACUAAGGAAGGAGGUUUCGUUGGUUUGGCCCAAUUUGUCUUCCAAAACUUUGGAUCUGUUAGUGCCACCUCAUAAACCUGAAGCCAUGACAGUGGGAAAGGUUUAUGCAGCCUUGAUGAUAUUUGAUUUCUACAAACAAAACAAGAACACCCGUGACCCCUCUCACUCAGGGCCUGGAGGUCUCUGUCAGACCGGGACUGUUUCCCUUUUCCAUCCAUUGAAAGCAGCCCUUGAGCAAAGCCAGUCAGGAUUCCCAAAUGCUUUUCUGCGUCAAAAGAGCUCCGCGUCACUCAACAAUGGGGGUGCCCUGCCAAUGCCCAAAGGAGGAGGCAUCAAAGAAUCGGUUUCUUGGGGGAUCCAACACACCCAGAACAUGUUUUACGAAACUAGGACACCAGCGUUUCAACGGGGCCAUUCGGAGGAAAUUCCUGUCCAGCAGGUUGUUGAAAUGCAAGAAGUCAGCCCAACUUUAGCCAAUGGGGAACAUCAGCUGGGACUGGAGAGUCAAGGGCGAGCAGCUUCCAUGCCUCGGCUGGCAGCUGAAACUCAGAGGAGCAAAACACGGUCACCAGGGCGAUAUCUAUCACCCAUUCCAGACACCAGCCCCAUGAAGCGGUCCAUCUCCACACUCAACCCACAGCGUCCCCGUGCCACACAUCUUUACGAAUAUCCCCGGCCAGCUGAACAUACUCAUCACCAUCACCACCAUCGUUGCCAUCGGCGGAGAGAGAAGAAGCAGAAGUCAGUGGACAAGCCAUCCAACCACUUGAUUGAGGGUGAAGCUCCUGCAGAAGAAGCCACCUCCAAGUCCAGAAAACAGGAGCGGGGCCGGUCCCAGGAGCGAAAAGUCCAUUCUUCUUCUUCCUCUGAAAAGCAGCGCUUUUACUCCUGCGACCGCUUUGGGAGUCGGGAUCAGCCCAAGUCCUCUGAAGGCAGUCGACCCCCAUCCCCAGGCGGAGGGCAGGAACAUGGGACACAGAGACAGGGCAGUGGUUCAGUUAACGGGAGCCCCCUGCUGUUGACCUCUGGUGCUAGCACCCCCUGCCGUGGUCGGAGGCAGUUGCCGCAGACCCCGCUGACGCCACGCCCUAACAUUACCUACAAGACUGCCAACUCCUCGCCUGUGCAUUUCUCCGGGUUCCAGACCGGCCUGCCAACUUUCUCCCCGGGACGCUUGAGCCGGGGUCUCUCUGAGCACAAUGCUUUGCUGCAUGGCGACUCCCAGGGACCCUCACCAACCCUGAUGGCCCGGAUCGGUUCGGACCCUUACCUGGGACACCGGGAGGAGAGCGACAGUCCCUACCACAUGAUGCCUGAGGACACCCUCACCUUUGAGGAGGCCAUGGCCACCAAUUCAGGGAGGUCCUCCCGAACCUCUUACGUUUCCUCUCUAACGUCCCAGUCCCAUCCAAUCCGUCGAGUCCCCAAUGGGUACCAUUAUGUUUUGGGACUGAGUGCCGGCCCUGGCACCAGCACUAGGGCGCGUAGCUAUUACCACGAGCGAGACGAAGACGAUUGGUGCUAGCAGGACAAGGACCAAGUUGCACACUGGAGGUCGAUGAGUUUUAUCAUCCGGAGAACCGCCACGUUGAUGCGCAUGUGUUUGCAUCCAGCCCUGUGACAUCAAGGCUGUUAGGGGAAAGAAGAAGAUCCAAGCAGCUGCCUCUCUGUGGAACAGCUCUGGCCAAGAUGGCCCUCGGUGCGUGCGCCACACUGUCGGUAAAAACGCCCGCUCUCUCCAUUCCGGUUUCUUCUUUUGCACUAGAGAGCUAUGGAUCGGUCAGCAAAGGCACCGUCACGGAUGGCCUGAGCAGCGCAAACGUCCUUCGGUUCUCCUCCCUGUUGCCAUGUCAUGGGAGACACCACCUCCCGCCCCAAAUUAUGAGGCUACAACAGAAGCCCAGGGAGAAAAAUCCUAGACUCUGGAAUCUGGACAGUUUGGGAUGAGCAGGAGGAGAAGACAACCCUGAUGUACAAAGAACAAACCUACAUUUUAUUGUGUCCACCUUUUAAGAAGGGAGUUUAUCCAGCUGGAUCCUCAACCCUUGGCCAAUGGUGACCCUUUAUAAACCAAGCCCAUCCUGGAAAUUCCCAAUAGAUCCAAGCAACCACAUGGCCACGCCCAACGUCUUGGUCCAUCCUUUGAUCGCCACAUUUUUUUUUGAGUCCUUCCCAUCAGCGUUUUGGAAAUGCCCUUCAAGAAGGGAGAGGCUUUGGCAAGGACAACAUCUAAGAUCUUGUUCUCCUUGAACAAGACAGUUGGUGGCCCCUAUCUUAAUUUUCAUCUUGUUUACAAAUCUGAGCUGAGGAGGGGAUGAUGAAGGAGGAGGAGGAGGAGGAGAAUGGUGGACAGAAUUGUCAUGUUUUCUAUUGAGCUGUUGGAUAAACUUUUCCUUUUCA